UACCAAGAGUUGCCAGUGUUAUUAGUGUAUUCAUUAAAGAAAAUUUUGAUUUAAAUAAAUAUAUGUUAUUAGAACCCAUCAAACAAAUAUUUAUUAUUUGUUAAACAUCUUUCUCCUCUCAAUAUAUAAGAUGAUAUUAUUAAUCAGGUCCUGAUAAGUUAUAUAAUGCAACACGUGGCAUCAGGACCUUAUUAAUAAUAAAAAUUAUUAAUAAUUAAGUCCUUAUUAAUAAUUGGGGUUCGAUAAUAUCAUCUACAGACUAAAUAACUGAUCAGGAUCAUGAGAUAAAUUUCUGGUCGGCAUAAUCUUGAUUUGCCGGAAGUCGCUAUGUAAUGGCCAUUAAUAAAUCAAUAUCUCUCUCUGUCUGAUUAAAUCAGUACGCUAUCGUUGCUGCUGAUAUCAUGAUUCUUUAGUCGCAGAAUGUUAUCAGCAGUAUCGUCGACGAUCACGAAUACGCAUGAGUUCCUCUCAAUUACACAGCGCCUAUCCUAUAUUCCCAAUCGGUUCCUUUCAUCCGUCGCCGAAGAACGCUGACUGACGCUUUUCACUUCCGAGUCGAAAAGCUAAUCAAUUUCCGCCUUUUAUCCAUAAUUACCGGGAGAAGUCAUUUUGUCUCUCUUAGUACAGCCGCGAAAUAUUAAGUUAAUUAAUUUAAUUUAAUAAACAAAAUGUUAAUUAAUUAAAUUUAAUAAGCGUGUGAAAUCUCUCUGAAACGAAUUAUAUCCGCAUCUUUCAGAUUAAAAGUUCACUAUUGCACAUGUGUGUGUUCCUAUCACGAUCUAACAUUUAUUGCGCGUUAACAUCUGAUAGUGCGAUACUAUCACACAUUUGAGAAGGAAAAAAUUUUUCUCAACAAUUCGUUAAUCGCUUGUCUUACUGUGACUUAUUUGUACGCAACUGUGUUCACUCAGACUGCUGAAUUUUUAUACAACAAAACAUAUGAAAAUAUUUUAACAAAAAGCAUGCAAAUAUUUGAAAAUAACUCUCAUUUACAACGUUCCAAUAAUAAUUCCGAACUAUUCGUGGAUUUGAUUCACCGUUUGUUUUGGCGCAGAGAACUCAGACGGGCGAGUCUCGCCGUUUCAACUGAAAGGGUGAAACAUUUAUUUGACUGAAGCACGAUAAAAGCCGAUAAUCCCGGGACAUGACGAUAUCGUGAUUUGAUUAGGCGAUAAUACACGAGGAAUUCUCUAGUACAAAGCUCACGAAACCACCGGAUGCUUGCGAAUACCUGAAUCAAUCGUGUUUCCCUAAAUGCGUAGACAGAUAAGUGAGAUUGAUCUAAAGUCACUUCUCUAAAGCUAACAGGACCAAACGAGCAGAAUCAAAUCGGUCCUACCACUUUAUUUAAUAUCUAUUUUGUACCGAUUUGUACCACCAAAAGAGAUUUUGUACCUCUCUCGUACAGUUUUGGAAAAAUUGUGACGUUGUUAACAAUGGAGGCAUAGCAAUUCGUACUAUACGAAUAUGAAAUUUCAGAUUUUGUACCCACGUCAUUCCUUCGAAAAUCAUACCCAUUUCCAAAUCUUUAUUGGCUUUAGGAGUAAAGUACCUUUACAUAAUAUAAUAUAAAUGGAAUCAAUCAGGAGUUCCUUCGACAAGAAUAAGUGCAAAAUUAAAAAUUAGUACAAAUUCAGGCUUUCUAUUUGUACACUUGUUCUUUUUUUCGUAUGGUCCUACUGGCUUAAUAUCAAGCUACCAACACUAUUAUUGUUUUUUUAAUAGCGCAAAGUACAAUAUUUCUUUUUAGUGAUACAAAUUAGUAUAAAUUCGGGCCUUUCUAUUUAUGUACUUGUUUUUCUUUUUCUUCAUCUUUUUCGUGUCGUUCUGCUUAAUAUUAACUUAAUAUUAAGUUGGCAGCGCCACUGUUUUUUCCAAAAUGGCACCAGAGAGAGGUAUAAAAUUUUUUGGUGGUAUAAAUUAAUACAAAAUAAAUAGUAGAUAAUGUAAGUUCGGUUUGAUCCUGCUAAUUUAAUUCCUCUAGCUUUAGAGAGGAACCGUGAAAAAUAUAACGAAUUUCGACGGCAGCGCCAUCAAAAUUCUCCUUUGGCCUGUGUUGGAUGAUCGAAAUUUCGACGCUAGUGUAUCAUAUGCCGCACGCAUCUGCGAAAAUUACAUCGCAAACUCCGAGUUUGAUAGCCGUUCGCCGUGGUAGCGUACCACGUAAGCUUCUUAAUUAUUUCUGAUUACGAAGUCGAUCGUUUAAUGAAGUGCGAACCGUUGUUAGCGUUAAAUGCGCGCGUUGUUUUUUUCGCGUUCAUUCUCGUUUUGCUGCAGAAUAUGUAUACGGACUCGGCGGCGGAUAUUUUCCAUUAUACGUCUCCUAUACGAGACGUGAUAUUUACGAACACGAGAAGUCGUCGUUUUAUCGGUAAUUAAUUUUUACGACGCGCGGCAAUAGCUUACCUUAAGCACGCUAAAUAGCUUUUUGAUCGAUCCUUUUGUUCGAUUUCGAUGGUAAAAUAUGGUGCAAACGUUCAAUAUUCCGUUUCGUGCUGCGUAUCGUUUAACCGCCGGGCGAAAUGAAAGUAUUAAGACACGCACGUGUUUGUGCCGAAGUUUCAUUCGCGAAAAGGGUCCACCGUUGAUGACUCGAAACUUGUGAAAAUUUUUAUUUUGAUAGUUAAUUAUUUCAAAAUGUCGAUCUAUUCCUUGAUUGCAAAACUCUACAAUAAUCUUUACCAUAAAAUUCUCUGUGUAUGCGACAGAUGGAGGACACAUUAACUCUAUAGCUGUUCACCUGUUCUAUUCGUCGGUGUUUCAGUAGUUUCGAUUUUUGCCACUACAUAGUAAAAAUCGUCCAAAAUAUGUUUUUAAAAUGAUAUUUUAGAAACAACAUGCAAGAGGCAUCAUCUACCUCAUUUGAAUGCUAAAAAGAUUCUUUCAAUUUGUUUAGAUCUGCCAAAUAUAAAGGGAUAACUAAAUACGUUAUUAAUAUCCGUAGAGUAUCUUUUAUUUUUUAGAUAUCUUUUCUCUCAGAUUACAUCGCGAAGUUCAGGGUGCAAUCCCGUUUGAUUCCAGCCACCCUGUAUAACUCCGAAAGCAACAGUUGGCGGGGAGUUGGGCGCGAGUCGACAGGCGCACUCGCGUCGACAAGACGAGCGGGUGCAACGAGGAAAACUCGAAACGAACGCCGGUCACGGGGGUGUGCGCGCACGAGAGAGAAAGAGAGAGAGAGAGAGAGAGAGAGAGAGGGAGAGGGAGAGAGAGAUUGAGCGAGAGGGAAAGAGAGGAGGGGGUCGGAAAUCGGACAUGCGUAAGAUCCAACGAUAUAGAGACGAUAUAUCUCAGGAAGGCAGUCGCGUUGAAACGGCGCUCGAUGUUGGACGCGCUGACACGUCGCGGACGGUCUCGAACAGACUGCUCCCGCAAGCUCCGGGAUAUUUCGCGCGUAAUGAGACGAGCUUGAUAAGCCGGAAACGUAAAUGGACUAGUGUAUCCAACGCGAGAGCUGACACGACGGAAGCUACGAGCGAAUGUUCGGGGUAGGCAGUUCAAGAUCUCUUAUAAAUUUCGCGAAUUAAUUCGGAGAUCACGCGCGCGUUGGUGUUGCGAUGUGACGUCCGGUAGGAAAUAUUAGGUCUGUUCUUUGUAGCCGAGCCAUAUUUUACCACCGAAAUCGAACAAAAGGAGAAAAAGCUAUUUAGCGUGCUUAAGCUUGUUGUAGGUGAUCGAGAGCUUAUCAUUCGCGAUAUAAACAGGUGUAUCGUCGACGUACGCGGCGCACUGAGUGUUCUGACGUUUCUCAUAACGCGCAUAUCUGGCACGGGGAGCUUCUACGAGUCGGUCGCUCUCGUGUCAAGCGCGACGGUUGACAAUCACUAGACCGUUUCGUCGAGUCGUUGCGCGAGUUUACCGUGAAAAUUCAACUAGCGUGAGUCGGGUAAAUCCGCGUCUUUCGGCAGUACGACGGUAUGAGGAAGACGAGACACGCGCGCGCGACUGGAAAAAAUCAAUUGAGCUAGAUAUACAACAAUAACGCGGUGAUUUUCUCCUGCCGAGGAUGCUUCGUCGCCCAAGCGGAGCGUGCUGAGGAUCGGAACGAGUGCAGCUGCGGGAAGAACACGCGAUACGGGCAAUAAUUCAAGAGGCCGCCAUGGAAUCACAUAAAAAUAGCGACCUCAGCCGGAAGCAGGACCUGAUGGUCGCAACGGAAUUCAAACGCUGCAAUCGCGGCAAUAUCGCGGAAACAGGUUGGUGUCCGGAAACUUGGGACGAGAUAUUGUGUUGGAACUCAACACCACCUGGAAAAUUGGCUGUGCAGUCUUGCCCGUAUUACAUCAUGGGAUUCGACGUUGAGGCGGACGCGUCAAAGCAAUGUAUGCCGAACGGCGAAUGGUACGUUAAAACUGAGACGAAGAUCUUGUGGAGCAACUAUACCCAAUGCUAUCAAGAAUCACUAGUCACCCUCCUAAUGAAUAUAUCGGAUGUUCAGGGGAACAACGUCACUCUCAUUAGGAAAUUCUUCCCGAUCGUGAAGACUAUCUCGAAACUCGGCUACACGGUUUCGCUGUUCACCCUCAUCUUUGCGUUUUGCAUCUUGGCUACCAUCAAUUUAUCUUCCAUCGGACGUAGGAAGUUACGAUGCCCGCGGAACAUAUUGCAUAUGCACCUGUUCGCCUCGUUCAUGAUGCGAGCCUUCAUGGCGCUGCUGAAGGAUAUACUCUUCGUGUCCGGUAUCGGACUGGCCGACGUGGUGAUGAAGAACGGCGACAGUUACUGGUUGGUCAACGAGACGGAGAACAACUGGCAUUGCAAGAUGUUCACUAGCCUGUGGCAGUAUUUUAUUCUGGCGAAUUAUUCUUGGAUUUUAAUAGAGGGAAUAUACUUGUACAAGCUAGUCAUCCUGGCGCCCUUCACAGACGCCAACUCCAGCAUCGCUGCCUACAUCGGCUUCGGAUGGGGUCUACCGGCUCUAUUUGUUUUACCCUGGGUAGUUACGAGGAUCAUAUUCGAGGACACAUAUUGUUGGACUACUAAUCUGAAGCCUCUCUUGUUCCUCUUCAUACGUGUACCCACGAUGCUCUCUGUUCUGAUAAAUUUCGUGCUCUUCGUCAACAUUGUGUGGGUGCUCUUAUCGAAGCUGAAAUCCACCGUAUUGGAGGAAACACAGAGAUACAAACGGUGGGCCAGAAGCACGUUAGUCCUGAUGCCGCUCUUCGGAGUGCACUACACGGUCUUUCUGGGCAUGACGUAUAGCAUUGGUGUGAACGAGACCGUGGAGAUAGUAUGGCUCUUCUGUGACCAGCUGUUCGCGUCGUUCCAGGGCUUCUUCGUGGCGGUGCUGUACUGCUUCCUGAACGGCGAGGUGAGGGCCGAGGUAUCGAGAGCACUUCGCAGCAGCAAAUGGACGCAUCUACGCCGAUUAGGCCCACGACCUUCGACACACUCCGUCAGUACGUGUAGCUGUAACAUCUCGGGAAAGCCUAAUCGGCACUCGAAGCGGCCCAUAUGGUGGAGGGCACGUUGGAAAUCACCCUCGUGCCUAUUUCAAGAGCGGGCGACUCGUCGGUCCACCCACUCGAUGGCGAGUACACAAGGUGUCCUCUUGAGUCCUACGAACCGUAUAGAUAAAACUGUUCUGGGAAUUACAGUGAAACGCGAGCGCACUGAUUAAUUUUUGAAACGAAGAAUUGGUGAAUCGGUGAUCUUUGACUGGACGAACUGACGAAUGUGCAACUGCAUUGUAACAUUCUAAAGGACUAGCGAUAGAGUAAUGACACGUGAAGAAUGUCCGAAAAAUUUUGACGUUGCUUCAACAUUAGUCUUGUGUAAAACUCUUUGUGAGCUUCCAUAUUGUGCAUACCCCAGUAAACACCAACUGUCAAUAACAUAACAUCAAUGUUAUAAUUGCUUAUUCCACAAUGUAAACGCAAUAUAAUGCAAGUGUUAUAUAAUACACAUUACAUCGUUGAGUGGGUAAUUAUAACAUUGAUGUAACAUUAUUGUUAGUUGGUGCUUAUUGGGUACGACAGCUUUGUGAAAGAAAAUUUUGCAGAUAGUGGAACGAGAGGAGGUAGUUUAGCGAACAGCAGGGGCUACCUAGAGAUCGCCGGUAACGGUCAACCGACGGUGCUGCAGGCGACGCAGAGUCAACACAGUCACCAUACAUCGCCACUGUGCAGCAAGUACACCGAUCAAUCGCUGCUC